CAGUUCUUUUGAAAGACUGUUGCACUGAUAGUUUUCAUGUGCAGUAUUGAAGGACAGGGACUGUUGUUUCACUGCAGUUUCUGAAGACGUCCGUUCUGCGUCUUUAUUUUAGCCAACAUUCUCUAACUUGAAACUUCAUCCGGUAAUAUGUCGGAAGGGGAGUCUGACUUGCCUGUGGUACUUAAUGAUUUGCCGGACGAUUCUCCUGUGGUACAACCUUAUUUGACCAAACUGAGACGGAGAGCAGAAAAGGAGGGUGAACGGCAACUUGAAUUAAGUGAUACAUUCUUGUUAAGGUUUCUUAGAGCCAGAGAUUUCGAUGUUGACUUGUCACUAAAAUUACUGAUUAACUACCACAAGUGGAGGAAAGAGUGUCCUGAAAUAAGUGGCAAUCUGCAUCCAUCCGCAGUGCUUGGUUUGCUCCGUAAUAAUUACCAUGGUGUGCUGAGGUCACGAGAUGUCAACGGUAGUAGAGUUUUGAUCUAUAGAAUUGGCCAGUGGAACCCAACACACCAUACAGCCUAUGAAGUAUUUCGUGUCAGUCUCAUCACAUCCGAACUGAUUGUCCAGGAGAUUGAGACCCAGAGGAAUGGACUGAAGGCUAUCUUUGAUCUCCAGGGCUGGCGAUUUUCUCAUGCUCUUCAGAUAACCCCCUCUCUGGCCAAAAAAAUGUCUGCAGUACUUACAAUCCACCUGCAUGGCAGCACGUACGAACAAACCCUGUGUCAGCACUUUCCGGCGAACAUCCUCCCACCAGAGUACGGAGGCCAAGGACCCACAAUGGAGGAGCUCUGUCAGGAGUGGAUGGAAUUCAUCCUUCAGUCAGAGGACCAGCUGCAUAAACUCUCAAUCAAUACCUCAGACAGCGAGGGCACAGAUCAGAGUCACUCGUUUGCCAAUAGGUAUUAAUUUGAAGCUAUAAAACAUUAUUUUAAUUUUCUUUUUUUUUAAUUACCAAUUCCUGAGAGAAAAUAACACAUGUGAGAUAAAACCAAGCAGACAAAUGCUGUGGAUAAUGCCUUCUUUAGUGUAUCAGGAUCAUUUGUAAACUCUCCUUCAUAUGCCUAGCUCAAGCAGGCAGAUUAAACAAGACAUUUGUAGCUAUCCUUUGAUUUUAAAUCGUGGUAUGAGGUGUGCAUGGAUAUUCCUUUGGCCAUUGUAUGGCAAAUAAGUGAAUUUCUCUAAUUGGCACAUUAUUUAUACCAUUGUCCCACAGCAAAAAUAGUUAAAGAUAUAAAGAAGGCACUUCGAAAUAAAACUGGAAGCCUGUGAUAUAGAUUUGAGGUCACCUCAGAUGCUGUGAAUAAAUGUACAGUCUUAGUGCAUUUCCCUCAGUCCUCAAGGAUUGUCCUGUAACGUUGGAGUUUGGACUUAUACAGAAAUAUAAAAAUGUAAAUAACCAAUUGUGACAAAUUAAAUUGUGUUUAAUGUACAA